AUGGACCCCCGGCGCCGCGCCAGCCCAGGGGUCGCUGUCGCCUACUGCUGGCUCCUCUCCGUUGUUCUAGGCUUCUGUGUGUCAUUCAAUGUUGAUGUGAAAAACUCAAUGACUUUCAGCGGCCCAGUGGAGGACAUGUUUGGAUAUACUGUUCAACAAUAUGAAAACGAAGAAGGAAAAUGGGUGCUUAUUGGGUCUCCUUUAGUUGGCCAACCCAAGAACAGAACUGGAGAUGUCUAUAAGUGUCCAGUUGGGCGAAGUGAAUCAUUACCUUGCAUAAAGUUGGAUCUCCCAGUUAAUACAUCAAUUCCCAACGUCACAGAAGUAAAGGAGAACAUGACAUUUGGAUCAACUUUAGUCACCAACCCAAAAGGAGGGUUUCUGGCAUGUGGGCCCUUGUAUGCCUAUCGAUGUGGACAUUUGCAUUACACAACUGGAAUCUGUUCUGAUGUCAGCCCCACUUUUCAAGUUGUGAACUCCAUUGCCCCUGUACAAGAAUGCAGCACUCAGCUAGACAUAGUCAUCGUGCUGGAUGGUUCUAACAGUAUUUACCCCUGGGAAAGUGUUACAGCUUUUUUAAAUGACCUUCUUAAAAGAAUGGAUAUUGGCCCUAAACAGACACAGGUUGGAAUUGUACAGUAUGGAGAAAAUGUAACUCAUGAGUUCAACCUCAAUAAGUAUUCAUCAACAGAAGAGGUGCUUGUUGCAGCAAAAGGAAUAGUCCAGAGAGGCGGCCGACAGACCAUGACAGCCCUUGGAAUAGACACAGCAAGGGAAGAGGCGUUCACUGAAGCCCGGGGUGCCCGAAGAGGGGUUAAAAAAGUCAUGGUAAUUGUGACGGAUGGAGAGUCCCAUGACAACCACCGGCUGAGUAAGGUCAUCCAGGACUGUGAGGAUGAAAGCAUUCAGCGGUUUUCCAUAGCUAUUCUUGGCAGCUAUAACCGAGGAAAUUUGAGCACUGAAAAAUUUGUGGAGGAAAUAAAAUCAAUAGCAAGUGAACCCACUGAAAAGCAUUUCUUCAAUGUCUCUGAUGAAUUGGCACUAGUCACUAUUGUUGAAGCUCUGGGAGAAAGAAUCUUUGCCCUGGAAGCUACAGUUGACCAAUCGGCAGCAUCUUUUGAGAUGGAAAUGUCUCAGACCGGCUUCAGUGCUCAUUAUUCACAGGACUGGGUCAUGCUUGGAGCAGUAGGAGCCUAUGAUUGGAAUGGAACAGUUGUCAUGCAGAAGGCUGAUCAAAGCGUAAUUCCCCAGAACACAACCUUUAAUGUUGAGUCCACAAAGAAGAAUGAACCUCUUGCUUCUUAUUUAGGUUACACAGUAAACUCUGCCACUAUUCCUGGAGAUGUGCUCUACAUUGCUGGACAGCCAAGGUACAAUCAUACAGGCCAGGUUAUCAUCUACAGGAUGGAGGGCAGAGACAUCAGGAUUCUCCAGACACUCAAUGGAGAACAGAUCGGUUCCUACUUUGGAAGUGUUUUAACGACAAUUGACAUUGAUAAAGAUUCUAAUACUGACAUUCUUCUAGUCGGGGCUCCCAUGUUCAUGGGAAGAGAGAAGGAAGAACAAGGAAAAGUGUAUGUCUACGCUCUGAAUCAGACAAGGUUUGAAUAUCAAAUGAGCCUGGAACCCAUUAAGCAGACUUGCUGUUCAUCCCUAAAGCACAACUCAUGCACAAAGGAAAACAAAAAUGAACCAUGUGGGGCUCGUUUCGGAACAGCUAUCGCUGCUGUGAAAGAUCUCAACCUCGAUGGGUUUAAUGACAUAGUGAUUGGAGCGCCCCUGGAAGAUGACCACGGAGGAGCCGUGUACAUUUAUCACGGAAGUGGCAAGACUAUAAGAGAAGAGUAUGCACAACGUAUUCCAUCAGGGGGAGAUGGCGAGACACUGAAAUUUUUUGGCCAGUCUAUUCACGGGGAAAUGGAUUUAAAUGGUGACGGUCUGACUGAUGUCACUAUUGGGGGCCUUGGUGGUGCUGCCCUCUUCUGGUCUCGCGAUGUGGCUGUUGUUAAAGUGACCAUGAAUUUUGAACCCAAUAAAGUGAAUAUUCAAAAGAAAAACUGCCGUGUGGAGGGAAAGGAAACAGUGUGUAUAAAUGCCAUGGUGUGUUUCAAUGUGAAAUUGAAGUCCAAAGAAAACAUGGUUUAUGAAGCUGAUAUGCAGUACCGUGUCACAUUAGAUUCUCUAAGACAGAUAUCACGGAGUUUUUUCUCUGGAACUCAAGAGAGGAAGAUUCAAAGAAACAUCACAGUUCGAGAGUCAGAAUGCACUAAGCAUUCCUUCUACAUGUUGGACAAGCAUGACUUUCGGGACUCUGUGAGAAUAACUUUGGAUUUUAAUCUUACUGAUCCAGAAAAUGGGCCUGUUCUUGAUGAUUCUCUACCAAAUUCAGUACAUGAAUAUAUUCCCUUUGCCAAAGAUUGUGGAAACAAGGAAAAAUGUGUCUCAGACCUUGCCUUGGAUGUAUCCACCACAGAAAAGGGCCUGCUUAUUGUCAAGUCCCACAAUGAUAAGUUCAAUGUUAGCCUCACGGUCAAAAAUAAAAAGGACAGUGCCUAUAACACCAGAACCAUAGUGAAUUAUUCUCCAAAUCUAAUUUUUUCAGGAAUUGAGGCUAUCCAAAAAGACAGUUGUGAAUCCAAUCAUAAUAUCACAUGUAAAGUUGGCUAUCCUUUCCUAAGAAAAGGAGAAAUGGUAACAUUCAAAAUAUUAUUUCAGUUUAACACAUCUUAUCUCAUGGAAAAUGUGAUCAUUCAUUUAAGUGCAACAAGUGACAGUGAAGAGCCGCCUGAAACCCUUUUUGAUAAUGAAGUGAACAUUUCUAUCCCUGUAAAGUAUGAAGUUGGACUACAGUUUUCCAGCUCUGCAAGUGAAUACCAUAUUUCAAUUGCGGCCAAUGAGACUGUCCCUGAAGUUAUUAAUUCUACUGAGGACCUUGGAAAUGAAAUUGAUAUCUUCUACUUGAUUAGAAAAAGUGGGCAUUUUCCAAUGCCAGAACUUAAACUGUCAAUUUCAUUUCCCAAUGUGACAUCGGAUGGUUUUCCUGUACUAUACCCAAGUGGAUGGUCAUCUUCCGAGAAUGUCAACUGCAUACCUAGUAACCUUCAGGAUCCUUUUGGUAUCCACACUGGGAAGAAAAUGGUGAUAUCCAAAUCUGAAGAUAUCAAACGAGGCACCAUUCUGGAUUGCAGUGCAUGUAAAUUUGCCACCAUCACAUGUAAUCUGAUUCCGUCUGACACGAGCCAAGUGAAUGUUUCACUUAUCUUAUGGAAACCAACUUUUAUAAAAGCACAUUUUUCCAGCUUAAAUCUUACUGUAAGGGCAGAACUUCAGAGUGAAAAUGCAUCACUAGUUUUAAGUGCUGGCAAUCAAAAAAGAGAGCUUGCUAUCCAAAUAUCCAAAGAUGGACUACCAGGCAGAGUGCCACUAUGGGUUAUCCUGCUGAGUGCUUUUGCUGGAUUAUUGCUAUUAAUGUUGCUCAUAUUAGCGCUGUGGAAGAUCGGAUUCUUCAAAAGACCACUAAAGAAGAAAAUGGAGAAGUGA